GGUGUCCUCAGAGGGUCAAAACAGCCAACAGCUGUAGAGGGAAAAGGCGAAUCGUGUUUGUUGUGGAUCGGAGGGAGGCGACAGACUGAAGACGAGGCGGUGAUGUCACACAGACCCCUGUCUCCAGGGCAGUUACCAUGGAGACGGACGCCGACAGAAACGGUGAUGUCAGCGGCCCCAAACCUGAGCCGCCGGCCGCUGUGACGUCAGAAACAAGCGCUCCUCCCCCCCCCUCCGAUGCCUGGGUGACAUCACAGCUGCUGGCUCCGCCCCCGGCGUGUCACAGUCAGCUGAUCAUCGUGGAGCAGCGAGGUCAGGUGCUGCCCGCCGACCGCCACGUGGUGAUCGUGACGGGCCAAUCAGAGGACAGAGAAGUGUUUGUCAUCCCGUCCAAUCAGCUGGCCGUGAUCUCCGGGAGCCCAGCAGGUCCUGUUGAUCCUGACAGCAGCAGACGACCUCCCAGAGAACAGUCAGCAGCCGGCAGCUGUCUGGAUGUUUCUGCUCAGAUGAAGUCUGUCUCCGGCGUUCCCAGCUGGGCUCUGAGACUCCGUAAUGUUCAGAAGUUGGGCGAUUCGUUCCGGGGUUUCUGCAGCUCUGAGUCCGAGCUGGAGGCCAUCUUGUGUCUCCAUAAGCAGCAGACCGGCUGUGUCUUCGGGACGCGUCAGUCUCCGUCUGUGGACAAACCGGCCACCAGAUUAAUGUGGAAGUCUCAGUACGUUCCCUACGACGGCAUCCCCUUCAUCAACACAGGCAGCAGAGCGAUCGUGAUGGAGUGUCAGUUCGGACCUCGGAGGAAAGGCCUGCAGCCCCCCCGGAGCUCUGAACUCUCUGCACAUGGCCCGUACAGAGCCACCUGUCCCGCCAGGUAUGCUACGCGCUCACUUACCACUGCACACGGCCCGUACGGAGCCACCUGUCCCGCCAGGAUCUACAUUAAGAAGGUGCGUAAGUUCCCAGAGUUCCGAGUUCCCGUGGAGCCGUCGGCCGACAGGAAGACGGUGAGACAGGAGCAGGAGAAAUCCUUUCAGAGUCUGAAGACCCAGAACCAGAACCUGGAGACAGGGGGAGUCCUCAGGUUUUACCUGCAGCUGCCCACAGAGAGAGCUCACCUGUACCACACCGUGGACACGCCCCCCAUCCCCCCACCGCCCCCGGACCUCCCCCCUCCUCCCCCCACACAGCCAGAGGAAGAGGAGGAGGAAGACGAGGAAGAGCAGGACGGAGCGGUCCCGUCUCGUCUCCACCCUCGCGUGGCAGAGAAGAUCAGACAGCUGGUGGCCGCCGGGCAUCAUCAGGUGUACAGCGUCCGCAAACAGCUCAGGCGUUUUGUGGAAAAGGAGCUGUUUAAAUGUGACGGUCUUCCAGAGAGACACAACCUCAGAUACUUCCCCACUGUCAACGACAUCAAGAACCACAUCCAUGAGUCCCAGAAGGCCCUGGGGCUGACUGCUGCUACCGCAGAGUGGACAGAAGACAGAACUGACCCUCUGAUGGAGACCGUUACGCUGACACUGACUCCUGCUGCUGAAGCUGUGGAUGGCGGCGACUCUUUGUCUCCUGACGCGGUUCAGCUCUUCACGUCUCUGUCCUCUCUGCAGCCGCGGAUCUUUGCUCAGCUGCAGGGGAUCGUGCCGCCGGCCGUCAGCACAGCCUCCCUUCCUCAGACACCUGCAGAGAAACAGCUGCUUCUACAGAACGGAGAGAACGGAGAGAAUGGAGAGAGAGGAAAGAGAGGAGAGAACGGAGAGAAUGGAGAGAGAGGAGAGGGAGGAGAGAACGGAGAGAAUGGAGAGAGAGGAAAGAGAGGAGAGAACGGAGAGAAUGGAGAGAGAGGAGAGAAGGGGGAGAACAUCCUGGUGCAGAUGAUCAGCUCUCCUGACAACCCUGAGCACGCUCUGCUGGAUGUAAACGUGGUCCACAUGGAGGAAGGAGAGGAAGAGGAAGAAGAAGAAGAGGAAGAGGAGGAGGAACAGAUGAAGAGGAGGACCAGAUAAAGAGGAGGA